CCCAUCAUUGGUAUCAGUUGAAGGAAUAGUGCCCCAUCAUUGGUGUCAGUGGAAGGAAUAGUGCCCCAUCAUUGGUAUCAGUGGAAGGAAUGGUGCCCACUCAUUUGUGCCAGUGGGAGGAAUACUGCCCCACCAUAGGUGUCAGUGAGAUUAAUAGUGCCCCAUCAUUGGUGUUGGUAUAUGGACUGAUGCCCAAUCAGUGAUGUCAGUGGAUGCAAUGGUACAUUAAGGGCCGGAUAAAGGCAAGCAAAGGGCCACUUCUGGGCCAUGGGCCACAGUUUGGUGACCACUGUUUUAAAGAGAAGGGUUUUCAGGGAUUAUUGCAAAGUGAACAGAAUAGAAGAUGGUUGGACAAAUUGGGGCAAGGGGUUCCAGAAGAUGGGAGAGGCUUGGGAAAAGUCCUGAAGGCGAGAAUGGGUGGAGGUGGCAAGGGAGCUACAGAGCAAGAGGUGUUGGGAGGAAUGAAGAAAACGAUUUAGUUGGUAUUUUGAGAAAAGGUUUGUGCUGUACAGUAGUUGGUGGAAGUGGGGG